ACUCGAGGUUCUAUCAUCAGCUGAGUGGAAUGCAUUCAAGAAAGAGGGCGGGUAAUAUUCACGGCACUUUCGACUUCAGGCUGUUUCCCAUAGGGGACAAAGCUUCUGGGCUUGUAUAUUCUUAGUAACAAGUAAACAGCGGCGAUAUUCUCUUCGCGAAUCGCAACACAAUAGAAGUUAAUCUUUAAGCACACUUUCUGAUGCGGCUGGUUUCUGUUGUAGUCCGCGUUCACUAUCCCGUGGAAUGCAAAUUAUGAUCCGAUAAGAGUUAGCAAAGCGCUCGUUUAUUUCACGCUUACGAGUCGUCGUUGUUGCGAUGUUUUUCUACGUGUACAUUUGUGUUGUCGCGAAUUCCAUCCGGUCUGUAAAACAAACCGAUCUGCCGGCUCGUUGAUGUUAACUGUUACUUUGUUGAGGGGGCGAACCGGUCUCGGCUGCUCUCCCUUUGUUUGGGCUCAGGACUCGGCUGAAUCCACCGGGCUUCCGUUUCAAACAUCUCAUUCGACCGCGAACACAAUUCUAGGAUGGCCCCACAAAAGCACGGCUCUGGUGGAAAUGGGUUUUACUCUAACAGCACAAGUAAAUCUGCAAAUGGAGGAGCGCACGUAUCGUCCGGAGUUGUGAUGUCUUCAGUGAAGCGACCCAAGAUGGAGCAGAUCCAAGCCGACCAAGAACUCUUCCUGCAGGCUUUCGAGAAACCAACUCAAAUAUAUAGAUUUCUUCGCACAAGGAAUCUCAUAGCACCAAUCUUCCUGCACAGAUCUCUUACAUAUAUGGCCCACAGAAACUCGAGAACAAAUUCAAAAAGAAAGAGCUUUAGAGUGAACGAUCUGCUAGAGAAGUCAAAAGUGGAACAGGAAUCUCACCAUAUGGCUUCAAACCUGCAGCUCACUUUCACUGGAUUCUUCCAUAAAACUGAGAAGCCAUUGCAGAACUCAGAGAAUGAAGAAAACUCAGUGUCUGUCGAGGUGCUACUUGUCAAGGUCUGCCACAAGAAGAGAAAGGAUGUAAGUUGCCCAGUGAAGCAAGUGCCUACAGGUAAAAAGCAGGUGCCUCUGAACCCCGACAUCAGUCAGACCAAGAUGGGAGCUUUUCCCACUCUGGUAGUGCCCAGCCAUGAGUUUGAACCCAGUAACAGCCACAUGGUGAAGUCCUACUCUCUUCUGUUCAGAGUGUCACGUCCAGGUGGGAGAGAGCUCAGCGGCAUGACCACCCGAGACUCCAAUGUUAUUGAAGAGAUGUCUAACAGGAAGAAGAGAUACUGCUCUCAUCAGGAUGAUGGAGAAACUACCUUUGUGGCACAAAUGACAGUUUUUGAUAAAAAUAGACACCUCCAGCUUUUGGAUGGCGAGUAUGAAGUCUCCAUGCAAGAGAUGGAGGAGAGUCCUAUAGGCAAGAAAAGGGCAACGUGGGAAACCAUACGAGAUGGGAAGUUGCUUCCACCCUUCGAGACCUUUUCUCAGGGACCCACACUGCAGUUCACUUUGCGAUGGACUAAUGACACUGCUGACAGAGGAACGGCACCGGUGGCCAAACCGCUUGCUACACGCAAUUCUGAAUCCAGCACAGUAGACAGCAGCAAGCCUAGUAAUGUAAAGCCGCCACAAGCAGUAGCUGUGAAUGAUUCAGUUGGCACUGAUCUACCAGUAAGAAGAGAACAAACUCAUGUUGAACCUCGUCAGAAAAUACGUGUUUAUUAUCAGUUCCUCUACAACAAUAACACACGGCAGCAGACGGAGGCCAGAGAUGACCUGCACUGUCCGUGGUGCACGUUGAACUGCCGUAAACUCUACAGCCUCCUCAAGCACCUCAAGCUCUCGCACAGCCGCUUCAUCUUCAACUAUGUGCCUCAUCCUAAAGGAGCCAGGAUCGACGUGUCAAUAAAUGAAUGCUAUGACGGCUCUUACGUGGGCAAUCCUCAGGACAUCCACUGCCAGCCUGGCUUUGCCUUCAGCCGUAACGGCCCAGUGAAGAGGACUCCGGUUACACACUUCCUUGUCUGCAGGCCCAAGCGCUCAAAGCCCAGCCUUUCUGAGUUCCUGGAGCCCGAGGAUGGAGAACAGGAGCAGCCGCGGACCUGCAUCAGCGGCCACAACCGCCUGUACUUCCACAGCGACAGCUGCGUGCCACUUAGACCACAGGAAAUGGAAGUGGACAGUGAGGACGAGAGGGACCCGGAGUGGCUCAGGGAGAAGACUGCUAUGCAAAUCGAGGAGUUCACCGAUGUCAAUGAGGGAGAGAAAGAGGUCAUGAAACUGUGGAACCUGCAUGUAAUGAAACAUGGAUUCAUAGCUGACAACCAAAUGAAUCACGCCUGCGUGUUAUUUGUGGAGGAGCACGGCACCACCAUCGUCGAGAAGAAUCUGUGCCAGAACACUCUGCUCCAUCUGGUCAGCAUGCACGACUUUGGCUUAGUGAAUACAGUGACUAUAGACAAGGCCAUGGCUCACCUGAGAGAUCUGCAACCGCUCAAAGAUAGCCAGGAGCAAUCCAAAACGCAAGACACUGCUGAUGGCGAAGUCAGUGUAUCAAAUUUAGUCAAAACCCAGGAUCACUGAAACCACCACCUCCUCCUCACUCUGGAUUGUAUUAAGUGUCAGUGGGUGUCAAACGCCCCCCUGGAUGUGAGAACCACCACUUUCUGCACUCGCAGGGUUAAAGAUGAUGUCUAGUUAGGAACAGGUUGCGUGGGGAUUUGACCUGAUGUCAUCAGAGUGUCGUCAAAGCAACUCUAGAUUCAAAUUACUUGAAGAUGCUAUUGGAACUAUAAGUCAUUUCUGUUUUUUUCUCCGCUCACACAACAACGUAGCUCUAGCAAGUUUUUAGCACUUGUUUUAGGUGCCUGUUUUUAAAAGGACUAUGAAAAUAAUUUUUUUAAUAUAUUUUGAAUAUUGAUGGAUGGCUCCUUCAAACUCCCUUUUAUUGCAUAUAUUUCACAGGGGUUGAUAAACUCCUUCUGAAAACUUGAACAUUAGUUUUGCUGGUGUAUAGUGUUUUUUUUUUUUUUUUUUUCAAAAUUUCGGUUUGUGCCACUCCUAACUUUUUUUGUUUCUUGGGAAUUUUUCUGGACCAAAGUUUUGUUGAUCUCUCCGUGGUGGCUAAAGUGAAAGUAUCACAAUCGUUUUUCACCACACUUGAAGACUUCAAAUGACUUUUCUUUGGAAUCUCGGCUUGAAGAAUAACCAUCAGUGACGCACUGCUAUUUUUUUUUUUUAAGUUUGUCACGUUUUUCAGAGUCUUUAUUCCACUGACCUUGCAACACAGAGACAUACAGGUACAGGGUACUAAAAACACAGUGGGCAUCCGCCUUGCAGAAAUGUUUACACUUGCCUUAUCCAUGGAAACAUGGACUCUAAGCAGGGUUUGAAUUUUUGGUGUGAACAGUUUCUUUUAAUCGUGUUUGAAUUUCAGUGACGUUUUACUGCACACAAUGCUGUGUCCAGUUCUAUUAAUAUUAUAUGUUAGUUUUCUCACAAUGCGUCUGUUCUGCUGUAUCUAUCAGUUUACUUUGGUUCCAUUCGAUCUUCAUGGUGCCCCUUUGUUUUAUUUUCAGGUGUUUCUGCUGAAAACUGUCGUAAUAUGUACAUACAUUUAGUGGCAUGGCUUUGCUGAACGUGACCGCAUUCAAGAAAGAUUAUUUUAGACCAAAGUGAAAUGGCUACAAUCUUCGUCUAGUUUGUUUCAACUCAGAAAUGCAAGUUAUCAUAGUCUUCAGUCUUGUUUAUUUGUUGUAUGCCUCUGUUUUAAAGGAAAGGGAUCUGUUUGUAAAACACUGUUUUAUUUAGCUAAAACUGCACUGGUUAAAAAAAAAUGUUUUUGGUCAAUAUUUGGGAUAUUAAGCUGAAUAUUUGGCUUAAGCAGUUAUGUAAUUGAGUUCAUAACGGUCAAUACAGCGUAAAUUACACAAGAUGUGAAUUACUGAUAUGAAUUAAUGUCAAAAAAGAUAUUUAUAUCAAGAAUAUGAUAGGGACAUUAUGAAACCUGCUUGAGUUUCUGAAUUAUGCUGAAACAAGUGCUUCAGGUUCUUUAUUUAAAAUAAAGAUUUUUUUGUUGUUGUUUUACAAUCGAUUCCUCACAAGUCAUGUUCACACAUUCUUUUAUUUGUUGGUUUUAUUUUAGUAAACAUUUACAAAAAAAAAACAAAAAAACAGGAAUUUGUCUUUUGAAAACUGUUCAUUGCAAAUGUUAGAUCUGUACUGAGAAGGCACAGGCAAAAUGAGGUAAAUAUACAUGAAAUAGUCACAGUUUUAUAAAUAUAAUAUCAGAUAUUUCAUGGGUGUAUCCUCAUUGGGUUACAAAUGUUCCCUUCUGCAGUGAGCAAUUACAUAGUACCUUGUAAAUGAUGUUCUCCUACCUCAGGAACAAGUGAAUUGGGUGUUUUGGCCCCACAUGUUUAUUGUGUGAAAUACGCUUUUUUUCUCUCUAACAAAUGCAUCAAUAACAGUUAAUGUAAGGUAAGCCAGCUAAUGAAAACACGAAAUGGUACAGCAAAACGUAUGUAUUAAAAAUGAGAACCUAAAAAAAAAACCCAGUUCAUCAUAAAAUGGCACAACACUUAAGCUUAGUGCGAACGAUCACUUUUCUGUGGAAACAUUGCAUUGGUAUCUACUGAUGAAGCAGUCUACCCUGUGGUUUUAAAAACAGUACUUUCUAAAUGUGAAUACUGAGUACCAGGCAAACAAGAAUAAAAUACUAGUUGUUAGGUACGCCAUCUCUAAAUGUUACUGUGUUCUACAUAAACCAACAUCCAGCUAUGUUUAAACAGGCAACAAUUCUUCCACAGACACAUUCUCCACUUCUGACUCGAGAAAACACAUGCAGAAAGAUUGUCGGAGCAUUAAAGAUUUAACUUUGUAGGUCGUCGUGAAGAACUUUUAUUUUGCACGUUUUCUGAGCAGUUUUGAGUGCCUUUGAUCUCUGAAUGCUUCACUAUAUUUUUCUGUGGUAAACCAGACCAACAUGCUUUGCAACUUAACAAAAAACUUUUGCAAACAUGUUCUGUUAUGCAAAUAACUCAACACCUGUCCACCUGCAAUGAGGUCAAAGAGUAGUGGUUGGCGUCAUACCUUAAAACAGUAAGUUUAAUGUUAUUCUGCAGUGAUAUCUGUUACUGAUAAUAUUAA